GGGAACAUUCUGUGAUGUCUAGCCUGUUCUCCGGGAUAAGCUCCAUGGAGAAGGAUGCUGUGAAGGCGUAGACAAGAAUUGCGGUCGUUUCUCUUCUCUCGGAGGAGCUCGAUUCUCCCAACUUCGCUCUGUUCAACCUUUCGCUCUUUUCCCCAACCUAAUCGGAACCGCAUUCUCCAACUUAAUUGCUCUAUUUUGUUUUAAUGACAUCUGCUAGACGCGCUUCCCGCUGAAAUUGAGAGAAACCGUCAAAAUGAUGCACCCUUCCAGGCAGGCGUACGUGGAGGAGUCGGAGAUCAUUGCUUUAAGGCUUCGUGGCUCUUUUAAAACCUUUCCUGAGGCUUCUUCUGUCCCUUCUGAGCAAACCCAACUGACGUCGCAUGGCUCGGAUUCUUAGGACCCAGAGGGCAUUGAUCUUGCCAAUAUACCCGUCGAUCGAGACUAUGAGCUUCCCUCUGCCGCAGCAGGCAUCCCGGCUGAGAAGGCCUCCGCCAUUUUGUCACAAUUCGAACGCAAACGGAGAGCGGCUGCGAUGGCGGUUCCAACGGACGACAAUCGGGUGCGUAUGCGAUUGCGAGAAUUAGGUGAACCGAUCACUCUCUUCGGGGAAGGCGCAGCGGAACGGCGAGAUCGCCUACGGGAGCUCUUGACGGACCUGGCAGAGAAACAGGAUGCGGCAGCAGCAGCGGCAGGAGAAGGGGAUAUUGACAUGCAAGAGGCGACAGCCGAGGCAGAAAGCGAAGCUGAAGCUGAACAGCAAGAGGAAUUCUACACAGAAGGCACCCAGGAACUACUCGAGGCGCGCAGGGCUAUCGCGCGCUUUUCUCUGCCGCGCGCAAAGGCCCGCGUAGCAAGGUUGAGAGAAGAGUCGACUAUUCCACUUCGUACCCAUAUCAAACAUCGCAAGGCAAUCAGAGAGAAGCUACAAGGGUUUGACCUUUAUGGGUCUCAGAUAGCCGGGGAUCGUCCCGUUAGUAUUUGUCGAUUUUCACCAGAUGGCCAGACCAUCGCAGCAGGAAACUGGGGGGGCGGCAUUAAAUUGCUCACGGUUCCCAACUUGGAGGAAAAGUCUAAUCUGAAGGGGCAUUCCGAUCGCGUGGGUGGCCUGGCGUGGUUCCCUGGUGCUACUCUACCUUCCUCCAAUGUCUCGGAAUCUACUGUCAACUUAGCGUCCGGAGGUGGGGAGGGAAACGUGGCGCUGUGGUCUCUUGAUCAGGACAAGCCGUUGGCUACUCUCUCAGGCCAUUCCGGCCGUGUCUGUCGCACCGAAUUCCACCCUUCUGGCCGGUACUUGGCAUCUGCGUCAUUCGACACCACCUGGCGCCUGUGGGAUGUAGAGACGACAGCAGAGUUACUCCUCCAGGAAGGGCAUUCGCGAGAGGUAUUCACGGUGGCGUUCAACAACGAUGGGUCGCUCUUGGCUAGCGGUGGUCUGGAUAGCAUUGGUCGUAUUUGGGAUCUCCGCACGGGUCGUACCGUGAUGAUCCUCGAGGGCCACGUUCGAGAAAUCUACGGGCUGGAUUGGGGCGUGGACGGCUAUCGCGUGCUGUCCGGCUCAGCAGACGGAUGGGUCAAGUGCUGGGAUCUGCGGCAGGUGCGAAACACGGGAGGAAUUGGAGCACAUAAGAGUGUUGUGUCUGAUCUGAGAUGGUACAAGGGCACGGAGUCUACAGCAUCAUAUCUCCCGUCUACUGAGAAUGGAUACAUGGAUGUCGACGGUCCGGUUGAGCAGCAGCCUCCACAACCGGCAUCCAUCCUGCCGAAGAAGUCGGGCACUUUCUUCGUAACGAGUGGAUUUGACAAGAACGUCAAUGUCUUCAGCGCUGAUGACUGGUCACUGGUGAAGUCGCUGAGCGGUCACUCAGGCAAUGUCCUCAGCGUGGAUGUCAGUGACGAUGCGAAAUGGAUUGCCAGUUGCGGCCAUGAUCGCACGGUCAAGCUGUGGGGGAUUGAAUAGUUGGCAGUACUACGAUUCUAUAUGGCCAUAUUGAAUCAGAAAACAAGUCGGGGAAUUAUGUCGAACGGUUCUCUCAGAGGUAUAUCCGAUCUCUUUGCAGCCUCACCUCGGCUACAUUAUCACCAACUGCUGCACGCCAUAAUCCCAGGAAUAGCUCUGCCAGCCAUUACUGCUGCAGGCAGAUGAAACUUGGCGUGAUUGUACUGGUUAAAGAUGUAUCUGCUACGGAUUAUUUACCUCUGGAGGGGAUUUGGCCGGAUAACAGCCGUUGUAAGCAGUUGCCAGAGGAUAGAUAGUGGGCCAGAGGCAAGAUAGAUGAUUCUGCUGCUAUGCGUGGGAGAUUCUAACGAUAGAACAGGCAAAUAUAAAUCUGAUGUGUUGUUCGGAGGAUCUAGGACAUAACGUUAAGAACCCGCAUGGUUAGUCAGCAAUCCGACAGGGAGUUCUAAUGGAGGUGUAUUGUUGGUUGGUUACUAGCUAGAUAGGCCUACGUGGUGAAAAGGGUCAGCGAGGGCGGACCUAUGCGGCAGAAUCCCACGUGAUCCAACAAGUUCGUGUUGGAGGUCACGUGCGUUAUGCCCUACUAGACCGCCCUCGCCUGACCUAAUAGAGCUGGUUCCGGCACCUAACUAUAAGAAACACAUCUCCUGUUCUAGCAUCCAACCUUACUGCCAACUUUCAUUACUCUCCUUGUUCUCCCUGCUUAUUUAAUCUGCGCGAAUUCGUUCCAUAAAGUAUUUCACUAGCGAGCGCCGCACCUCAUCAAAAUUCUACGCGUUGUUUUGCCUUCCUUUAUUCAAUUACCCACCAUGCCUCCAAAAGCGCGUCAAAAUCGAAGAGAAUUAAUUGAGCAAGAGGGUAGAGCCCUACUAGCAGUUUCUGCUUUAAAGAAGCAGGAAAUUUGCAGUAUUUGUGAAGCAGCACGUGCUUAUAAUAUCCCUGAAAAAAAUAUGCAGUGAUAACUCAAUGGAACAACUUCAUGCUUAGAA